AUGGAGAAAGUAAAGCAAGUAUCGAUCAGACACAAACACGGCGUGGUUAACCCGUGCUUUACCUCUCAAACGAGCAGCAAGAACAGCUGCGGCCGCUCUGGGGGCACCCCCGCCCUCAGCGCUGCCCGGGCCGGAGCCGCUCCCUCCAGCCGGGGCCGGCCCGGUGCGGGAUCGCAGGCCCCCGGGAGGCCCCCGCAGCGCUUGGGGUGCGGGUCAGGCCCUGCCCAACCCUGCCCGGAGUCACCAGCUGCCCAGGCCUGGCGCAGCCCCACCGACUCUGCAAGCGGGAGAGCGGGCAGGGAAACGCCCCGGCCCGCAGGAGUGCGCGCAGGGCUCGCCCCAACACCGGGCCUGGCCCGCUGCUCCCGCUGCCCGGCCCGCGGGCACCGCGCCUCGCUCGCCCCGCCCAGGGCUACCCCGGCCCCCCGCGCACAGACAGACCUGCCCGGCGCCCCUUCCCCGGGUUCCGCCACCGGCUCCGCGCCGCCGCAGCCCGGCCCGGCCCCGCCCGCUUCCGGCCCGCCGCCACCUCACUUCCCACGGGCGGCGCGGCUCGGGAGCGGCCCCGGCCCGGGGCGGGCCCCGCACGGACUGCGGCACGCACGGCACCCACCGGCCCCCGGGAGCGCCGCUGAAUGCACACGCUGGAAACUCUGCCGCCACCGACUGCAUGGAGCCGAGACACCUGGGCGGGGACCGAAGAAAGGUUCCUGCUUAAAGAGAAUGGAGGAAGGAAACAGCCAAGAUUAGAAAGACCAAAUGGUGCAUAUUAAUGGACAAAAAUGGUAUUUAAUAUUUUGUACUCACAUAUUCCAAAUAGCACUGAAUGGCAGUUACACAGAAUGAUUAUCAGGAGAAUAAAGGCAUGUGUUAUGUCAAGGUGCAAAGCCUUACUCUACAGUAAAGUCCAGAUCAACAACUAAUAUAUCCAGUUCUGUUGUGUAAAUACUGGUAUUUCUUCACUGCACAGUAUGUGGAAGUUUUGAAGUCAUUUUCCAUCACAGAAUGGAUCACACUGUGGCACGAUGCACUGAAUAUCCAGUGGCAACUUGCACAGUUUCCUAACGUAGCUCAUUCUGAGCAUACUCUUGAUCUGUGCAUUCACUAACACAAUACAUUUAGUGGAUAUUAAAUCAUACAUUCAGAAAGUGUUGUAAUAUUGGCAAAAAAGGCUUUUUCUACCUCAGAUUUUCCCAAUUUAUCUUGAGAUAAUUCUGAUUUAUCUUGAAAUAAUUCUGUUACUGCAUUUCAAAAGAAAAACUUAACAAACAGAAGUUACUUUCUGUAUUAAGAACCUCAGCAGUACAUAAUUUGUAUUCUACUCUCCAGCAUCACAGACACAAAAUAUAUCAUCACUGAGACAUAAUAAUUUGAGUAAGAGGUAAAAAUAGAAGUGACUUCAUACUUGCAUUCUGAAAGAAGAAAAUUUGCUGAAGUACUUGCAUAAGCCAAGUGAGAGAUGCUAUAAUGAACACUCCUUCCUUCUUCCACUACUGAAGGAAACCUCAACAUCCACAAAAUUAAUUUUUUCAAGAUGUCACAAUGAUUCUAUAUACUUAUUUACUUAGCUAUUUAACACUCCAGCUUAAAUUCUAGAUGUUUUUUCUCACCCAGGCACCUUCAGUCUCCUUAGGAAGAGUACAAUCUUAUGUCCAGUACGCAUACAGCUUUAGGGCAGAAGUAAAAUAAACUGAAGUUUCACAACUUGAGCUUUCACUGAAGAAUUUCAAUAAGGACAUUGGGCAAUCUGUCACAUAGUGGCAUCACAAUGCAUUUGUCACAUUUGUAUUAUUUUACUACUACUACUGAGAGAGAGAAUGCCAUUAACCAGGUCAAAAGGCACUCGUGAAAUUCACUCUCCCUCUUCUCUGUAUUUACUACAGAGCAAGUUUUGAAUUUAUUUAGAAUCUGAAAAAUUUCUGGUAAAUGCUGAUGCAAAACUGUAUGAGGAGAAUGGGGAAGUGAUUUCUCAGGGUUACAUCAAGUUGCAGAAAAAAUAGGAAGACUGCAGCAUAUAAGCAUGUAAAACAAAACGUUCUCAUGCAAACUCAAGCAAAACAUAAAAGUAACAGAGCAUUACACUUCAAGUUAAAAAAGAACAUUUUGUGCUGUGUAGUAUCAUAGGGAUGAGAAAGAACAUAUCGGGAUCACAUCUAAAUUUGCAGGCUUCUUGUCACCUAAUAAAAAGCAGGAGGUAGUUUUAAAAAAACCCCACCCCUCAUGUGGGAACAGUUGUUGAUUCAGUAAGCAGUAUUAAAUAUAAUUGCAUGCUGCACAAGACUCCAAAAGAAUAUGAGCCCUUGAAUCAAAUAUAUACAUUUUUAAUAUCUGAAAUAUUUACAUGGUGGAACCUUUACACGAUCCCAUUUUUUAAGAACAGUGUUUUCAAGUGUCCUCUCCAGAUACAAAGAACUAGUAACUCAAGGUCACAGUUAUCUUUUCUGAACAGGUCAACCUGCAUCCUUCAGUUAAAUACAAUAUAGAGAUACUGGAACACCUUUACUUUAUUUGUUUGCCAUUAAGAACUGUGUUUUAAAAAUUAAAAAUAUUUUUGAGACAGUUUGCUCCCUGGAAUACAGUCCUCCUGCAAUCAAAACCGCUCACAGCAUAUUAUCGAUUUGACUUCUUACCCAGGUAUGAGAUAAAAAAAUGCAGUUUACAGUACAUGUCAUCAUUUAUACCAUAUCAGACUAUUUAUAAAAAAACCCAUACAAACAAGGCAGGAAAAUAUUACCCUCUUUUUGUGGACAAUAGACUGCGUACAGUAGAAAACAAAUUCAGGGCUAGUUUAACAGUAUGGAUAAAAACAAGAUUUCAGCUUUGUUUGAAAACUUACAGUUUAGUUGGGGUUUUUUUGAGACAGUUACAUUGAAACAAGGUUUUUUGUUUUGUUUCUAUGAACUAAAAAUGUUUUUAAAAAUAA